CGUUGAGCACUCGGGCAGAUGUAAACCCCGCCUUUGCUUUCCUCCUCUUGCUCACUUUCUUAUAGUCGGCGUGCGCCUUCUCAUUUCGUCAGUACGGGCAGGGUAACUCCGUGCGUAAAAGCCGCUCCUUGGAUCCGCUCUGCCUCUCGCUCAAAGUAUUCCUAGAAAUGCGCUUUAAUUGACCAACCAUUGGUGUUUUAAAGCGGGCCAAGUAUUAAUCUUCUGGUCAUUUCAAUGACCUUUCUGUCUGAAGUGUUAUUGUGGCGUUAUUCCAAGCGUGCCCCCCCCCCCGCCCCCUCUAUGCCUCCCCGUACGAGUCGAUGCAUCCGCUCGCUGCUGCGUGAGACCAGUCCGCAAGGUGCAAAGCAAAUGAAGACGAACAAAGUGGGGAGCUAAUUGCCAAUGCUGGAUUUAAACGGAGGCAACAGAACGCAAGCAACGACAGAGAACCGUUCAAACUUAUGGCGUGAAGGGCCGGUUGGUGGCCUGCAUCACUCACAGCUAAUGGAUGUCUUUACCCACUAUGCUUACAACGAAAGUUUCUAUGACAAUGGAACUUGGGGCUUCAACGAGACCGAUCAAGAGCAGAAGCAUGCGUACAACUAUUACGCCAUGCUGCUCACGCUGCUCAUAUUCGUCAUCGUCUUCGGUAAUGUGUUGGUGUGCAUGGCGGUGUCGCGUGAGAAAGCCCUGCAGACCACCACCAACUACUUGAUCGUCAGCCUGGCGGUCGCUGACCUUCUUGUGGCCACGCUGGUCAUGCCCUGGGUCGUCUACUUGGAGGUCGUCAGGGAGUGGCGCUUUAGCAAGAUCCAUUGUGACAUCUUUGUCACCCUAGAUGUGAUGAUGUGUACAGCCAGCAUCCUCAAUCUGUGUGCCAUCAGCAUUGAUCGUUACACAGCAGUUGCAAUGCCGAUGCUGUACAACACCCGCUACAGUUCUAGAAGAAGGGUGACGAUCAUGAUCUCAGUGGUGUGGGUCCUCUCUUUCGCCAUAUCCUGUCCUCUUCUUUUUGGGCUGAAUAACACAGCAACUCGGGAAGCGUCGCUUUGUGUGAUCGCCAACCCGGCCUUUGUGGUGUACUCGUCCAUCGUGUCCUUUUAUGUCCCCUUCAUCAUCACGCUGCUGGUUUACGUGCAAAUCUACGUGGUUCUGAGGAAGCGCAGGAAGCGAGUGAACACCAAACCCAAGCAGCGACAGGGUCAAGCCGCCGUCCCUGGCGUGGCCACGUCACUCAAGGCGUGCACUCACCCAGAAGAUGUGAGGCUGUGCACGGUGAUUGUCAAGUCAAACGGGAGUUUCCCCGCCAACAAGAAGAAGGUGUUAUUUAUUAAAGACAUCGCUACCAAGGGUGAGGAUGUGGAACUGGAAGAGCUCAACAGCGGAAGCAGCAGCCAUAAACAGAAGCCACAAUGCAAGCUGGGAGGCACUCCAGCCACCAGCCACCAGCGGCUGAUGCCAGCUAAGGCCAAUGCUAGCCCCACUUCCUCGCCCCCGACACCCCCGGACGAAAGCCAGAGAAUGGAUGAGAACGGCGACCCCAGCAAGGAAGCCCUGGGAGAUUCCACGCAAAUGGUGACUAAAGUUUUCCAGACGCAAUCCCUGCCGAACGGCAAGACGCAGACAUCCUUGAAAAGCAUGAGCAAGAGGAAGAUUUCCCAGCAAAAGGAGAAGAAGGCCACGCAGAUGUUAGCCAUUGUCCUCGGUGUAUUCAUCAUAUGCUGGCUGCCGUUUUUCAUUACACACAUCUUGAACACCCACUGCACGAAAUGCAAGGUUCCUGCCGAAGUGUACAAUGCUUUCACAUGGCUGGGCUAUGUCAAUAGCGCUGUGAAUCCCAUCAUCUACACCACUUUUAACAUUGAGUUCCGAAAGGCAUUCAUGAAGAUUUUGCACUGCUGAAACGCAGUGAGGCUUUUUAAGACUGAAGGAUGAACACAAGCGUGUCGCCAGGCAAAUACCUCAUCUUGGAAAGGAGAAUGCACCGCAUGGGCUAACUGAAAUGUACUUUUCAAAGUCGGUGAGCAAAGUUACAGAAGUUCGGAGCUCCUGAUGUGGUGUAAAAAAAAUAUAUUUUGACUGGCAAAUGCGUUCAGAUAUACUUGCGAGUACUUUCAAACGAGCUUGUAUGCCAACUGCUACAAAUGUAGCAUUUUACCAUAAUGCAAUGGGCGUAUUGACUUACGCAUUCACAAGUAAAAGAAAGCUGUCUCUUCAGCAUUUAGCCUACAAGUACGUUCGAACCUAUUUGCGAGUAUGUUUAUUUUUUUUCUCUGCGAAACGCUGAAUGUAAAACUAACAAAAAAAAUGACUGUAGCAAUGGUGUCUUCAGAAAAUACAAAUGUACCUUGUUCUCUGAAAAAGAAAAACAUUGUGCUUGUCACCAUUUAAUGUAAACACCGCACACAAAAAUUGCUAUUCUGUGUAUUUCUUGUUUAUACAGGUGUGUGUGUGUAUAUAUUAUAUAUAAUAUAUAUACACGUGUGUGUGUGUGUGUGUGUGUAAAUAUUAGUCUUAUUUUCAGUGUUCAAUCAGAUAUGUGAGCUCUAUAUUCUGAAAACCUACGUAGAAUGUGUUUCCAUGGCAAAAAGACUCUUCAUGGUACUUGCUGUACAGUGUGGCUAUGCCGACCCAUCCAUCCAUUUUCUAAUCCGCAUAUCCUCACAGUGAGACCAAUACCCACAUGAUUGCAAUUUUAUAAAUUGGAAUGUCUUAUUUCCUUAUUGAUCAUUGCUCUAAAUUGCUGUGAAUAUGUUUUACUAACCACAUUUAUUGUGUUUAUAUGAUAUGCCUGCGACUGAAAUGUCAUGCAUGCUCCACAGUUUCUCUACUUGGCUUCCCAUGAAAUAUGUUCUCAAAAAGACAAAAAAGAUGUACAAUAAAUGAUGAAACACCGUCAAGUGCCAUUUGAUUAACAGUAUUAAUAUUUUUUGUAUAUUGUUAUAUCCGAAAUUGUCCUGUCAGCAUUCAGCAGUGUUUGCUUUCACUUAUGCCCUCAGCAUCCAAAGCAUGACUCAAAAUCCAGCCCCCCCCCUUACCUUAAUCACCUCUUAAAUGCUGAGUCUGAUAUGUCACCUUUCAAAUGUCUCGACCACUCAAACUAGAGUCGUUUAUAACGCAUACAUAUCAUCAGACGCUUCUUAGGUACAGCGACACAUAGUGCUUUCAAUGGAAAAAAAUUUUGUGGCGGACAGCUACGUAUUCAACGGUUGCCUUAUAAAAUAGAUGGUGAGUCACAGUAGAUCAUUAAGUUACUGAAUAAAUAACUACAUAAUAGAUAAUGUAUGUAAUAUAUUAAAUACAUAAUACGUUAUUUUGUUUGACCGGCAGUCUGCCCAAUCAUUAGUUCAUCUUGAGAUUGAGGAUUUAUUGUGUGUCUGUUGUGUAAAUAUGCUCAUUGUAUCCAAAAGCUCUUCUUUCCAAAGUCUCAGAGAGAAUCAAUUUCUUCUCUGAAAGCUUAAUACGGUGUGGCAUUGCCUUGAAAGAGUAUGCCAUGAAUAAACUAUACGCCCCAAACACUUGA